AUGGACCAUGAACACUUCAAGUUAUCCAAAAGGCCCCGUGUCUACACACGAGAUGAAUGGAAAGAAAAGCGGCAUGCAUUUACAGAACUCUACCUGCGCGGAAGCAGUACCCUGGCUAAAACGAUGGAUAUCAUGGCAAAAAAACACAACUUUUAUGCAACUGAAGCACAGUACAAGAACAAAAUCAGAGAUUGGGGGCUCAGAAAAAAUCGAGAGUACAAAUCAAAAACUAGGACUCGAGGGAAAUCUUCCAAAACGAAGCCAAUAGAGGUGGAUGAACGUACCGGACACUUGCGCAAAAGACACAAAGGAAUCGGCCGUAAUGAUCCGAAUACAGAUUUGAGUGAUUGCGAACAUAUUCAGACAGACUUCCUGGUUAUUCCCGCCCAUAUAAAACGGCCUACAAAACCUUCAAUAGAGGCGACUUGGGAAUUCAAACACAACAACGCGGUCAUAAGCAGCGUCAAUCUUCCUCGCCCCAAUUUAUAUAGAGGGAACUUUGAAAUCGGCCCCGCGCAAAGUGUAUCAGUCUCUGAAUCAGCUGCGUCAAGUUCACCGUUAGGGCCUUUCAAUGAUAAUGCCAUCCAAGAAGAACAUCGCAUUGACACCAACGAAUUCGAAUACAAUAACCAUUACACACAAGAGGAGAAGAAAAAGCCCUCCGGCCCUAUUUUACCUAUGCCUCCUAUCAUUGACGAAGCAGUCAAAUCAUUGACCAAAAAAAAGGAUAUCGACCUAUCAUCUACAGAUAUAGAGUUACAUGGUGCAUCUGAGGGCCAUAAAGGAAUGGCCAGGAUUAUACUACAAAAGAACACACCUCUUUCAAGGAAGGACUGGUCAUGUGGAGAAACACAUCUGAAUAAGGCUGCGUAUUGCGACUCUGAAGACAUGGUCCGUUUUUUACUUAAAUUCAACACUGAUGUUUCGUCGCGGGGCUUGGAUGGGGAAACAGCGCUACAUUGGGCAGCUGUACGCAAUCAUAAGAAAGUAGCACGCCUACUACUAGAUAAAGGCAUUGAUCUUUCACCGAACUCUUACGGGGAGACUGCACUGCAUUUGGCGGCAUGUUAUGGCCACGAAGAGAUAGUCCAUCUGAUACUCAGGAAGGAUAUCGACCUUUCGCAACAGGAUUUAGACGGAAAUACAGCACUAGAUCUUGCAGAGUAUAACAAUCAUGAAAAGAUAGUUUGUUUACUGCGUAGGAGAGAUAUGCUGAAAAUCUGGAUGGGAGAUCACGACGAAUAA